AUGUCCUGCGAAGUGAAAGUGCUCGCCAGCAUCGACAACCUCUCCGAAGUGCAGGAACAGUUCGGGUUGAGUUCAGAAGAAAACUGGCUGAAUGCAGUUUGCUAUUCGCUCUCACCAGCCGGAGAUAUUCUGGCCCUCGGGCACGGCUCGAUACUGGUGGUGUUGGCCUCCCGUUGGGAUCGUCAGCGUCAGCUCAAUGUGUACAAAACGGCCUGGCGAGGGGCGAUCGAUAGCCCCAGUUGCAUCAUCACCAGCAUACUCUGCACGCCAAUCGUUGGCCAGGGCCAAAGCUCGCAGACAAUGGUCGACUUUAGUUACAUCAUUGUAGGGCUGGACGAUGGGCAGGUGUUGUUUUACGGCGAGAACGGUACGCUUGUUCAUUCGCAAAUUUUCCACCCGGAACCGAUACAAGCGAUCAAAGCGCAGAGCGGAAAACAUAUCAACGAAGAGCUGUACGUGCUGUAUCCUUCGUGCAGUGUGAUUUUGCAGGGUGCACAGGUGUUUCCACUGCUGCGCAGCCUACGGCAACAGAUCAACCGGUACGGGUUGGGAAGUCCGAAGGUCAACGAAGCGCAGGAAUCGAUCGCCUGUCGCAAGUGGAGCUACGAGAAGGGUAUGACGAUUGUGGAUGCUGUUGUUGUUGGACCGCAGAAAAGCUGCACGUUCGAUCAUUUGUUGACGGCCAGCUUGGAGGGCGGCUUUUUCGCCAAAUACCGACAUUCAGCACCGCAAAACUCGCUCAUUAUUGCUGCCGGAAGCAAGCCGUACGUUGGUUUUCACUAUGCCAAGGAAGGUUUCACGCAACCGGUGUUGGCGGAUGUGGCCCGGGCUGUUGCUAGCAAAAUCAAAUCUGCCUUACCUUCCUGGCUUGGCGGUGGUGGUUCUUCCGCUCAACAACAAACCACUCCCGAACCACAACUCCCACCUUCGGAACCCCUAAUAUGCCGGUUCGGAUUAUGUGAUUUACAGCGAAAUGCAUUUGCCGUGUGGCUUGCACCGAACUACCAGCUAGCAGCCGUAGCGGACCAUCUCGGACGCAUUAUCCUCGUCGACUGCCAGCGUGGAAUCGCUUUACGCAUUUGGAAAGGUUAUCGAGACGCUCAGUGUGGGUUUGUGGAGGUGGCAGAGAAACUCCCCAAAGAAUCAUCGACAUCCGUCCCUCCACCACCGGGUCGAAAGAUAGACCGCCGGAAAGCGCUAUUCCUGGUGAUUUAUGCUCCCCGCCGUUCGGUGCUAGAGAUUUGGUCGCUUCGUUCCGGUGGUCCAAAGGUGGCCGCGUUCAGUGCAGCCAAGAACGGGCAGCUCAUCUACAACACGCACAGCCAGAUGGGUGUGACGAGUGGGGCAAGCAAGGUGAAGUACACUGGCCACGGGUGUACGUUUUUCGAUCCGUCCGACAGCAGCCUGAAGGAGAUUGUGAUCCCAUUUCACUGUGCGCUGAGUGAUUCUAAGUCUAAGCUGGCCAAAGAUUUGCAUUUGUUGAAGCGGCUGAAAGUUUGUCUAAAGUCGGGCGAUGGCAGUGAAGCGGAAGAGCUGGAGGAGAUGACCGAUAUGUGUCGGUGUUUCGAGACGGACGAGGUACGGCUGCAGUGUGUUGAAAUGCUGGCCAAGCAGAAGAAAAUACGCCCGAAACUGUUUGCAGCCAUUGUGGACAUUUUCGCCGAAGUUGCUGUGGAAGGAUCGUUCGUUGGGAGUGCGGUUGGUCCGCCUGAAUGUUCUGGACUGAUGGAGGAUGGAUUUGGAGAGGAUCAGGAAACGCAAUCGAUGUGUUUACCAGCUGGCAAAAGUCCACUCCGUGUGAUGUGUGAGAAUUAUCAACGGUUAGUCAUGUUUUAUCUGCAUCUUCAUGGAGAUAAGCCGACGAUCGAGGAAGGAAACGAUGCUGUGCCGGGAAAGGGCGAAGAAACAAAAAUGAAUCUUCAGCUUGCCGAGCAGGAGCUAACAGUGAUCGAGCAAUUGAUAGAACUGAUCAGAAUGAACGAGAGUGAAGGUUUACAGACGGGAGCUAACGCUUCAAUUGGAACCACCGGAAACAGCACAUCGAAGGGCGUAAAGUUCGACGAAAGUGCAAGCUCGGGUGGGCGGAACUCCAGCUUCAUGGAAUAUCUUUCCUCGUUUAAUGUAACAAAUGAGGAUCUUAUCCUGUUACGAGAUGAAAGUGGCGCCAGUACCCAUGCUAGUUUAGGCAAAAUUAUCUUCGAGAAGCUUUACCGGAUCUCCUCGAACCGAUUGGUUGGGUUUGUGGAUGCGGCCGAUGCUUGUGGUCUGAUGUCCGAGGAUUUACUCCGUACAUUCCUCGCGUACUGGUUACGAUUACCGUUCAACUACCACGAAAUGUCUAGCUUGAUCGAAGAUUUGUCUCGAUUCAAUGCUGUGCUGCACGAGAUUUGUUUGCUAGCUCGUGAUAGAAUCCUGUUCGAAAACAAUGCCAUCUGUCUGUGGUGGCAAUCGGUGCGAGAGUAUCUGCUAGAAUCACCCUGUGCAUUGCGUGGUCUGCUGGCAGCACUGAUGUGUCGCAAUGAAGCGCUGCGCCACGAAACCCGGCGCCGCAGCGAUGAGGAAGAGAUCACAAGCGAACAGUUCGAGCAGGUCUCGCAGGAAGCUUGCCAGUGGAUGCUGUUGAUCUACAAGCUAGAGGACGUUGCCAUUCUUGGGAAGAUACUGGUCGAAAAUAUCCGUUGCCGUAGUCCGCGCUGGCCCACCCUAAAGUAUCAAAAACCGAUCAUUAGUUUGAAGGAAAUUUUAACCGGUGGUAAAGGAAUCGUUUCGGAGCUAGUUGCGAAAUGGAUUUCCUCCACGGGGAUCGAUCCACCGAUGUUGGUGAUCGAGGUACCACCAGAAGCAACCGAACUGGACCCAAAGCCGGUGGGCCAAGAAGAAGCUUCGUCAGAGAAAGACUCCGAGAAGCAUAGCAGACGUGAACGAAAUCGACGGCUAGCGUUGAUGAAGGCCAAUCUUCUGCUUACAUCCGAGUACGGACCAUCCAAAGAGGACGGUGAGCAGGAAGAGCUAGAUCCGGUGCUGUACAACCUGAACAUUCUACGGCUACACUUUCCCUUCAGUCUCGAUUCUGGUCAGUUGCUAGCACAGCUCGCUUGGGAGUAUAUUGGUGCUUGGAGUAGAAAUAUGGCAAACGUAGCGUGUCUACAGGCCGGACUAGCAUCGCUCAAAGCCAUCCCCCGGCUGCAGUACUCCAUCAAGCACGGACUGUGCUGUAUGAUAUGGAACGCUCAUCUCAAAAUCCCACUCGAAGCAACGAAGAAACUCGUCAACAAAGUGGGACGACUGCCGAAGGAAAAGCUCUGCCUGCAGGACAUCGGUGUUAGUGACGCACUUGUGCCACAAUUUCUUGAAUGUUGCCUUGAAUUUUUUGACCAAUUUGCGGGAAGUAUUGAUCACGAUAAGCUUGAGUUACGCUUCGAGGAUCUUCUACAGGAUGGUCCGGUUCCACUAACGACGCUCGCAACUCAACAAUCGUCCGCUAACAUGGCACUGCUUAAGCUGCACCAAGAGCUAACGACCGUGCUGCUGAUACUGACCUCGUUCAAUGUGCGCUAUACGAGCAAACCCAUCCAGCAGCUGUUUGAUGGGAUGUCGAAUCAGGCCUUUUUCACGGAAAUUAAUCGCCAACAGAGCACGGCCAAUGCACUGCCCAAGGCGGACCAACUGUUGCGAAAAACGCGUCUCGAGUUUCUAUGCCGCACGGUAACAGCAACGAUGGAUCUGAUACAUGAAGAUAUGGAAACGGUGUUCUACACGGAUCAUAACAGCUGGAUGGACACGUGCGAGCGGCUCGCGGGUGCCUGGGAGCUUGAGUUUGGGGAUAUCCGGAAGCAUCAGAUAAUUGAACUGUACGCCCAUGGAUGGGACACAUACGCACACGAGCUGCUUGAAAACGUGAUUCCGGACCAAAGCUUCUCGAACCUGCUGCUCACGAUAGCAGGCCGACGAUUGGCCCUGUACACCAAAGCGAAUCCAACAGCCUGGGGUCAGAUCGCUGCUGUCGGUCCACUGCUCACCGACUAUCUCGAUACGCUCGUAAGCAACAGCAAUUACGGACCACCGCUGCGUUCCGUCGAGACAGACGAAACCAUGCUGGCAACGGCGGCCGGCAGUGAUUUGUUCAUCGAAAAGAUAACCAAACUCACGGAGAAAGCCUUCAACUGCCUCUCGACGCUGGCAGUGAAUGCGAAAGGCACCUCGAAGGAGCUGCGUGUGGCAGGUCUAAUAUUUGACGCUUGCGCCACCAUCAAAGAUCAUCGACAUUAG